UAAAAAGGCAGUGUCCUACUACAAGGCUUUAGCUGAGAAACUACGUUGUGAAAAAAGACUGAAAGAGAGACUUAUUCAGAAUGUCUGGUCCUGCUGUCGGUGCAGACCCUGCUCAAGGGUAUAACAAAGAGAGUGAGGCACCGCCGCCAACCAACGGGCAUCAUGCUCAGAAUCAAGGCAAUCCCGCUGGGAUGUCACAGUAUCCGAAUUACCAAUAUAUUCCGUUUGGCAACGCCCAAGACCCAAAUUUUCAAGGUCGACCUCACCAGGCCAUGGUUUCCCAGGUCUAUCAGCCUACUUUGGGAAAGAUUGGUAACCCAGGACCUCUUGGCCUGAUUGGCUUCGCUUUGACUACAUUCGUUCUCGGGCUUUACCAGUGUGGUGCUGGUCUUCCCAACUCCAACCCUUUGGGUACUGUUGGUCCUGACCAGGCCGUCUUUGGCGUUGCCGUAUUCUUCGGAGGCAUGGCCCAGUUUGUUGCUGGUGUCAUGGAAUUCGUGCUUGGAAAUACUUUUGGUUGCACCCUCCACUGCUCAUACGGGGCUUUCUGGCUUGCCUUUGCCAUGUUUUUGGUCCCUACGUUGGGCAUUCAGGCCGCAUAUAAUGGAGACCAACGCGCCUUUAGCUUUGCUGUCGGCAUUUUCCUCAUUAUAUGGUGCUUCCUCACCAUCAUCUUCUUCGUUGCGGCGCUCAAGACCAACUUUACGAUUUUGAUGGUGCUUGGCCUGCUUGCACUCGCUUUCUUCUUCCUCAGCAUCGCACAGUUCGUCUCGACCGAGCAUCUUACGGCGGCGAUCCGCUUGAACCGUGCUGGUGGUGCCUUUGCCGUCUUCUGCGCCAUGUUUGCAUUCUACGCUGGUGCUGCUGGUCUCAUGCUCAAGGACACGACCUUUGUCACCUUUCCGCUUGGAGAGAUUCCAUAUCCCUCAGUCAAAAGGGAGAAGGCGGCGAGGGCCCAGGUUUAAUUGCAAGAAACAAAAGGGAAAAAAAAAAUCCAAGACGACUGGUUCGCCUCGGAGUAUGCUAUUGAGUUCUAGCAUUUACGGCAUUACUCAGGCUGCUUUUUACGAUUUUACACGAAUGAUUCUCUGGAGAAUCGGAAAAAACACAGAGUGAAUUACUAUGGUUGAUGUAUGCUGAAUUGGAUAUUGGUCGACUUUAUCUGCGGACUGGUUAUGCCCUCGCUUUUGAUACCCGCUUGCCUCGUUUCGGCUUUUGACCCUUGGGAAAUUGGCAAUGAUGGUAAUGCGUAAUGGCAGUGGGACAUAUUUAGGAAACGAAUUGAGACCAAAAAAAGAUUGUUUCGACGUAGGCUAAGAAGAACAGGCCGUGUAUAUCCAUUAUACCCUGAGCAGUUUGUUCAUAUUUCGUAACUUUCAUUUAAUGAUAAUUUACAAUGAGACAAUCUCAUAACUCGCG